UGAAUUUGACUUUGAUUUUCGAGAUUGAGUUUGAUUUCUGAUAGCGUCUUGCGAAUUGAAUCGUAGAGUAAAAGUGUUCUGUGAUCGUGCAUAUUUCAUGUCAAGCACAAGCCGUAGCCGUAAUUAAAAGCCGGUUGGAAAUUUAAUUUUGUUCAAAACGAUAUUGAAUUAACUAUUAAUAAUGGCGGCGGCUAUGCCAAUUAACCCUAAACCCUUCCUUAACAGUUUAACAGGGAAAUCUGUACUCGUAAAAUUAAAGUGGGGUCAUGAAUAUAAAGGAUUACUAGUCUCGGCUGAUGGGUAUAUGAAUUUACAGUUAGCAAACACAGAAGAACUUAUUGACGGUGUGUCUACAGGUAAUCUUGGUGAAAUUUUAAUAAGAUGUAAUAAUGUCCUCUAUGUGAGAGGUGCUGAAGAAGAGGAUGAAGAGGGUGAAAUGAGGGAAUAAUUCUUAGCUAAAAGAAAAUUUGAUAAUAUAAGUAUAUUUUAAGUAAUUAGUAAUUAAAUAUUACCUCACAAUGUUGUCAAUAUUUUGUCUAGAUUCAAAAAUUUUGUGAGAUACUGUCUCAUUUGGAUAGUUGUUCAAAAAACCCACACAUAAUCAGGAAAACCUUACAAGUUUUAUUAAAAUGACUACUUCUUUUUUAUUAUUGUACUGUAAUAGCACAGGAUAUUGUUUAUACCAAAUAUUAAAUUAAUAAUAAAAAAAAAAAUCUUUCCAAUAACAAUGUGUAAUUUCAUGACUAACUUAAAUAUGAAGGCUUUUGUAUACAGAUUAUGUUUGUUAUAAUUACAACUAUGAAGAUCAAAUCAAAAUCUUUUUUUAUUGAUUUGUAGAGAAAUUGGGAUUAUUUGACUGAUAUUUUCCAUCAUAUUCUCACAAUUUCAAUUCUGAUUAUUGUUAGUUGAAAAUAAAAAUCUAAAUCAUGACAUCCACCAGUCUUGAAAAGAGCUCUUGGAUUUGAUUUUUAAAUUCUUAAUUUCAUUCAAAAUAAAAAGUACAACCACAGAAUCUGAUUGAUUUGUCACUAAUAUUAGCCAGAUAUGUAUUGUUUUAACAAUUUGGAACCUUUCAAUAAUAUGUAAAAUAGUGGGUAUGUUAUUGUGUGAAUUUUUUAACAAACUAUUCAUUCAAUAUGAUAGAAGAAUAUUCAAAACCUAACAGUGCAUUGAUAUUGAAGAAAAAUAUAAGAAAUUCCAACUGUAAUGAAGUGUAAUGCAAUUAGUUCAUAUGAAAUUUCCAUUAAAUUAAAUUAAAUAAUAGUAAA